CACAUUAUAUAUAUUCUUCUCCAAACAUCUUACGUAACUUUUCUUUUCUUUAUUCCACCCUAUUAAUAGGAACUACAUAGAAUCUAAUUUUCUAUUUGUUCUGUUCUUGUUUCAUUAUCAUCAACCUUAGGUUUGUUGAUUGAUUUUGGAACAAGACAUGAUGAGGAAUAAUUCAAGAAAACACCACAAUAUGGUGACAGAAGACAACAUCAAUAUCCCUAGGAAACAAACGUUUGGGAGCAUGUUACAAUCUGAUCCAAAUCAUGAUCAAGAUGAAUUUACUAAUUUUCGUACGAGCAAUAUAUCUGAAGCUGCAGGCCCUGCAAAUUUCGAUAAUCGCCCUUCUCCAUUGAGCUCUGAUUACAAUAUGGUCUCUCCUUCACCUAAUUCAGAUGACCAUUAUUCAUUAUCUUCUCCAUAUUCAAUGCCUUCUAUGGACCUAACAUCUCCAUUAUCAAAAUCUCCUUGGUCGUCACACGUCGAAAGUUAUCCUUACACAGGUCUUAUUGGAUCCCUUGUUCGUGAAGAAGGCCAUAUAUAUUCAUUAGCAGCUUCUGGAGACUUGUUAUAUACUGGAUCAGAUAGCAAAAAUAUUAGGGUAUGGAAAAAUCAAAAAGAAUUUGCUGGAUUCAAAUCAAAUAGUGGAUUGGUGAAGGCAAUAAUCAUUUCUGGAGAAAGAAUCUUCACGGGUCAUCAAGAUGGAAAGGUGCGUGUCUGGAAGAUAUCUUCUAACGAUCCAAACGUUUACAAGCGCAUUGGAACAUUACCAACUUUGAAGGCUUAUAUAAAAAGUUCAAUGAAUCCAAACAAUUACGUUGAAGUGAGAAGAAAUAGAAAUGCCGUGUGGAUUAAACAUUUUGAUGCUAUUUCAUCUCUUAGCAUGAGUGAAGACCAAAAUCUUUUAUAUUCAGCAUCUUGGGAUAAAACUAUAAAGGUUUGGAGAGCAUUAGAUUUUAAGUGUUUGGAAUCUAUAAAUGCCCAUGAAGAUGCUGUAAAUUCAGUGGUUGUAGGGUUUGACGGGCUAGUUUUUUCAGGCUCGGCUGAUGGAACAGUGAAAAUUUGGAGAAGAGAAUUACAAGGAAAUAAAACAAAACAUUUUUUCUCACAAACGUUGUUAAACCAAGAAUGUGCAGUAACAUCAUUAGUCGUGGACCCUACAUCCAGUUUUCUUUACUGUGGUUCGUCUGAUGGACUAGUCAACUUCUGGGAACGCGCGAAGUUUUUGUCACGUGGAGGAGUUCUCAGAGGACAUAAAUUGGCAGUUCUUUGCUUAGCAACUGCAGGAAAUUUAGUUUUUAGUGGAUCAGCUGACACAAAUAUAUGUGUGUGGAAAAGGGAAGGUGGUGAUCAUAUGUGUUUAUCAGUGUUGAAAGGACAUUCUGGUCCUGUCAAAUGUUUGGCUGUUGAAGAAGAUCAUGGACCAAUUACAAGUGGUGAUAGGCAGUUUAUUUUGUAUAGUGGUAGCCUUGAUAAAUCAGUGAAGAUUUGGAGAGUGUCAUCAUCUCCCCCUUCCAUGCAAGCUCAGCAACUUCGAAGCCAAUCUCAUGGGCUAUGAGCUAGCAAAGGCGAGUCACGACUCACGACUAAAGUCAGUGAGUUCAAAAUGAAUAUCAAUUAUAUAGUAUGAUUGUAUAUCUUAAUUGUAUUCACGUAUGUUCAAGUCGAAACCAUAUUCAAUUGAACUCCCAGAACUCGUCGUAAUCUCGGCUCGGAGUUAUUAGCACCAACUUCCAUUGGUGGCUUAUCAUUGCAACAUAUAAGAGUUAGCCGAAGAAAAAAGAUAGCAACGAUCGAACACGAACAAGGAGAUCGAGAGGACAUGCAAGCUCAGCAACUUCAGAAUCAAUUCGUGGUGAGUUGGAAGCGAAUCUCGAAUCUAGAAUCAGUUCGUGGUCAGUAAGUCAUAACGAAUCUGAUCUUAUUAUAUAUGUACAUUUUAAAUUUGUUUUAUAUGUACAUAGUUCGAGCUAAAAAUAGUACAUGCGACUGAACUUGAUCAAAGCACAAGCCUUGUAAAUCUGCCUCCGUUAGCCACCAAAAUUUUAGUCCGUUUGUUGUCUAUUGUUGCAAGGUAGAAGAAUUAGCCAAAGGAAACGAUAGUAACGAUCGGGACACAAAGAGAAAGAUAUGACAAAUAUCAUAGGCUGAGCUAGCUUUUGGGUUGAACAAGAAAAGUACUUAAUCUCUUUUUAUGUAUUUCUUUUGGCUUCUUUUCUGAGCAGUUGUAUAUACGACUUAAUUUCUCUUUUAA